AGAGAGAGAGAGAGAGAGAGAGAGAGAGAGAGACUUAACUGUUCAACAGUCAGCCAACAGAAUAGCAGCAGGUCUUUCUGUCUCAGCCAAACCAGCAUAGAGUCAGAUAGAAACACGGAAAGGUUCUACAGGUUACUCAAGGUGUGUGUCUGUCAGCCACAUGUAAAAGGAGUCCCUCAUCCAUCCCGUGUGAAAGGAGUCCCUCAUCCAUCCCGUGUGAAAGGAGUCCCUCAUCCAUCCCGUGUGAAAGGAGUCCCUCAUCCAUCCCGUGGUCAGGUGUCUGUGUCCACUCCCCUGUCUGUUCAGUGGGUUUGUCUACGUUGUUUCUGCAGAGAGGAUUCAGACCCCAAGGACUCCGACAAGUAAGAUGUUGCUGUGUGUUUCCGGGGUGGGUCGAGGGGGUCUGGGGUUGCUAGCGGUAAAGAGGGCGUGUCUUCUCACUCGCACUGCCCACUCGUCGCCCCAGAACCUUGAGUAUCGACCAAUCAAAAAGGUCAUGGUGGCCAACAGAGGUGAGAUAGCUAUCCGUGUGUUCAGGGCGUGUACUGAGUUGGGGAUUCGUACCGUGGCUGUUUACUCUGAAGAAGAUAGAGGACAGAUGCACAGACAAAAAGCUGACGAAGCCUACCUGAUAGGGAAAAGUCUUCCUCCUGUUGCUGCCUACCUGCAUAUACCUGACAUCAUUAAAGUAGCUAAGGAGAAUGGUGUAGAUGCUAUCCAUCCAGGUUAUGGGUUUCUAUCUGAGAGAUCAGACUUUGCCCAGGCCUGUGUUGAUGCAGGAGUCCGCUUCAUCGGGCCCUCCCCAGAAACUGUGCGCAAGAUGGGGGACAAAGUGGAAGCUCGCUCUCUGGCUAUCAGCGCUGGUGUACCAGUGGUUCCUGGGACAGAUGCUCCUAUAUCUUCUGUGGGGGAGGCCAGGGUGUUUUCUGAGACCUAUGGGUUCCCUAUCAUCUUUAAAGCUGCCUAUGGAGGAGGAGGACGAGGCAUGAGGGUGGUAAAAGAGUACAAGGAACUGGAGGAGAACUACCACAGGGCCUACUCUGAGGCUCAGACAGCGUUUGGGAACGGAGCUCUGUUUGUGGAGAAGUUCAUCGAGAAACCACGACACAUAGAAGUUCAGAUCCUGGGUGAUAAGUAUGGGAACAUAAUACAUCUCUACGAGAGAGACUGUUCCAUUCAGAGAAGACAUCAGAAGGUAUCUAUAUAUACAGUGGUGGAGAUUGCCCCUGCUGCCGACCUGGACCCUCAUCUAAGAGACCGACUGACUUCUGACUCUGUUAAACUGGCCAAACAGGUCGGCUAUGAGAAUGCGGGCACUGUGGAGUUCCUAGUGGAUAAACACGGGAAACAUUACUUCAUAGAAGUCAACUCCAGACUACAGGUGGAACACACUGUCACUGAGGAGGUUACAGAUGUGGACCUGGUCCAUGCCCAGCUGCGUGUGUGUGAGGGACGCAGUCUGCCUGAGCUGGGGUUAACACAGGAGACCAUCAGGGUGAACGGCUGUGCCAUCCAGUGUAGAGUCACUACUGAAGACCCGGCCAGAGGCUUCCAACCAGACACAGGACGACUGGAGGUGUUCCGUAGUGGUGAAGGAAUGGGGAUACGUCUAGACUCAGCCUCAGCCUUCCCUGGAGCUGUGAUCUCCCCCCACUAUGAUUCUCUGCUGGUCAAAGUCAUCGCCUCAGGGAAAGACAUGUCCACCGCGGCCGCCAAGAUGCACCGCGCUCUCUCUGAGUUCAGAGUCCGGGGGGUCAAGACCAACAUCCCCUUCCUCCAGAAUGUUCUGAGUAAUCACCAAUUUCUACACAGUACAGUGGACACUCAGUUCAUAGAUGAGAACCAGAAGCUGUUUAUCAUGAAGCCAGUCCAGAACAGAGCACAGAAACUACUGCACUACCUGGGUCAUGUGAUGGUGAACGGACCAACCACACCCAUUCCUGUCAAGGCUAAGCCCUCCUCCAUCGACCCUGUCAUCCCUACUGUACCCAUGGGAGAGCCACCAUUAGGGCUCCGUGACGUCCUGCUCCGUGAGGGUCCAGAGGGCUUCGCCAAGGCUGUGAGAGCCCACCCUGGUCUGCUGCUCAUGGACACCACCUUCAGGGACGCCCACCAGUCCCUCCUGGCCACCAGGGUGAGAACUCACGACCUGAAGAAGAUAGCACCCUACGUAUCACACAGCUUCAACAACCUGUUCAGCCUGGAGAACUGGGGAGGAGCUACAUUUGACGUAGCCAUGCGUUUCCUCUACGAGUGUCCCUGGAAGAGACUCCAGGAGCUGAGAACCUUAGUACCCAACGUUCCCUUUCAGAUGUUACUAAGAGGAGCUAACGCUGUAGGAUACACUAACUACCCUGAUAACGCAGUGUUCAGGUUCUGUGAGGUGGCGAAGGAGAAUGGCAUGGAUAUAUUCCGUGUGUUUGACAGUCUCAACUACCUCCCUAACAUGAUACUGGGCAUGGAAGCUGCAGGCAGGGCAGGAGGGGUGGUGGAGGCUGCAAUCUCCUACACAGGAGAUGUAUCAGACCCCAUGAGACAGAAGUACUCUCUGGAGUACUAUGUUAACCUGACUGAGGAACUGAUGAGGGCUGGGACUCACGUGCUAUGUAUCAAGGACAUGGCCGGUCUGCUGAAGCCGGAGUCCAGCCGUAUCCUGAUCAGUGCCCUGCGUGAUCGUUUUCCUGACGUUCCCAUCCACGUCCACACACACGACACAGCAGGGGCUGGAGUAGCCGCUAUGCUGGCCUGCGCUGAGGCAGGGGCCGACGUAGUGGAUGUCGCGGUGGACUCCAUGGCAGGGAUGACGUCACAGCCCAGCAUGGGAGCCAUGGUGGCCUGCACCAAAGGAACCAAACUCGACACUGGUAUUGCCUUAGAGAAGGUGUUUGAUUAUAGUGAGUACUGGGAGGUGACUAGAGGACUGUAUGCUCCCUUUGACUGCACUGCUACCAUGAAGUCAGGUAACGCUGAUGUGUAUGAGAAUGAGAUUCCAGGCGGUCAGUACACCAACCUUCACUUCCAGGCCCACAGCAUGGGGCUGGGCAACAAGUUUAAACAAGUCAAGAAGUCCUACUCAGAGGCUAACAAACUACUGGGGGAUCUGAUCAAGGUGACUCCCAGCUCUAAGAUUGUAGGAGACCUAGCUCAGUUCAUGGUCCAGAACAACCUGACGAGAGAGGAGGUGGAGGAAAGAGCUGAUGAGCUGUCCUUCCCUCUGUCCGUGGUGGAGUUUCUACAAGGACACAUUGGGAUACCGCAUGGAGGCUUCCCCGAACCAUUCAGGACCAAGGUUCUAAAAUCCCUCCCCCGUAUCGAGGGGCGUCCCGGCGCCACCCUUCCCCCCCUGGACUUCAAUGCCCUGGAGGCCGGUCUGCGUUUGCUGCACGGUGAUGACAUCACAGAGGAGGAUGUGAUGUCAGCGGCCAUGUAUCCCAAGGUGUUCCAGGAGUACAAGGAGUUCACAGGGAGCUUCGGUCCCGUCGACUGCCUCAGCACACGGCUCUUCCUGGACGGGCCCAAGAUAGCAGAGGAGUUUCAGGUGGAGAUAGAGAGAGGGAAGACGUUACACAUCAAGGCCCUAGCGGUGGGAGACCUGAAUAAGACAGGUCAGAGAGGAGUGUUCUUUGAGCUCAACGGUCAGCUGCGGUCAGUCCUGGUCAAAGAUAACCUGGCCAUGAAGGAGAUGAAGUUCCAUCCUAAGGCUCUGAAGUCCGUCCGGGGUCAGGUGGGGGCACCCAUGCCCGGAAAGGUCAUCGAGGUCAAAGUUGAGCCUGGUCAGAAGGUGGAGAAGGGUCAGCCGCUUUGUGUUCUGUCAGCUAUGAAGAUGGAGACUGUGGUUAACUGUCCACUGACUGGGGUUGUCACGGUGAUUCAUGUGAACACUGGUACCAGCUUGGAAGGAGAUGAUUUGAUAUUGGAAAUCACUGCAGAGGAGUAGAGAGAUGGAGUAGAGAGAUGGAGUAGAGAGAUGGAGUAGAGAGAGGGAGAGAAAGAGUGGACUGGGGAGAUAGGGAACUCUCUAGAUAAAAAGGUUUGCAGAACUAGGAACCAAAUGGAUAUUAGGAGGGAACGAGCAGGAGUAGGAGAGAAAGAGAGAGAGAGAAAAAGAGAGAGAGAAGAGGAGGAGAGAGAGAGGGAGAAAAAGAGAGAGAAGAGGAAGAGGAGAGAGAGAGAGAGAGAGAAGAGGAGGAGGAGAGAGAGAAAGAGAGACAGAAGAGCAGGAGAAAAAGGUUUUAUUUCAGCUGAGUAAUUAUUCGUUGGUGAAUUAAUUACCUUUACUAAUGAUGUUUAAAUUAGCAGCAAUAAUGUGGUGACUCUGGGGAUAGAAUGUAUUUAGCUGUUGAUAUUCUCCUCUGUGUGUGUGUGUGUGUGUGUGUGUGUGUGUGUGUGUGUGUGUGUGUGUGUGUGUGUGUGUGUGUGUGUGUGUGUGUGUGUGUGUGUGUGUGUGUGUGUCACCGGCUGCAAACUUGUUUUAAUGUUGAAUCUAGCGGAGCGGGAAAACCUAUUCUUGAGGCUUUGAAAUAUUAAUGGUAACAUUUUGUUAGCCGCUGCCCGACGCUACACACGCGCAAUGCAUCGUGGGACAGUUGUCAUGGCGACGUCACCGUCGUCAUCUCACACAUUUUAGAAUAGAAUCAAGGUUUUUAUAAUUGUUAUAAUCAUAUUGACUGUUUUCCAUUGUGUCUUAAUAAGGUAGUCUGCAUCUACUGUAGAAGUUGAAUAUUACUUUCAUUUAAAAUGUUAUUCCAGCACCAACUUAAAUUUUUUAUUGAAAUGAGAUGACUUAUGAGAUGAAUAUUUUGUACCAGAUGUUUUUAAAAGGAAAAAGCCUGAAUUAUAUAUUAUAUGGGUACGUUUUUGUCAAAAGCUACUUUGCAAUCAACCCAACACAGAUUCCCUCCCUCUACCUUUU